GUAAUGUAGUGUAGCAGGAGACACGUGGGACGCCGCGUUUCCGUUCAUUCGAAGUUUACGGAAACAUGGCGGGCCUGGAACUGCUGUCUGACCAAGGAUACCGUUUAGAUGGAAGAAAAGCCACCGAGCUGCGGAAGCUUCAGGCCCGUAUGGGUGUGUUCACUCAGGCCGACGGCUCUGCGUAUUUAGAGCAGGGGAACACCAAAGCUCUGGCCGUGGUGUACGGUCCCCACGAAAUGCGAGGUUCCCGAAGUCGGACUCUUCAUGAUCGAGCAGUUAUCAACUGUCAGUAUAGCAUGGCCACGUUCAGCACAGCGGAGAGGAAGAGACGACCACACGGAGACCGCAAAUCCACUGAGAUGAGCCUCCACCUGAAGCAGACGUUUGAGGCUGCUGUGAUGACCCAGCUGUACCCUCGCUCUCAAAUUGAUAUCUAUGUCAAGAUUCUGCAGUCAGACGGAGGGAAUUACAGCGUGUGCGUGAAUGCUGCCACACUGGCAGUGAUUGACGCUGGCAUCCCUAUGCGGGACUAUGUGUGUGCCUGCACUGUAGGGUUUGUGGAUGAGACUCCCCUCGCUGACCUGUGCUAUGCGGAGGAAAAUGGAGGCGUGAGCUCAUUGGCUUUAGCGCUUCUGCCCCGAGGUGGACAGAUCGCUCUGCUGCAGAUGGAUGCCAGACUGCAUCAGGAUCACCUUGAGACUCUGAUUGAAGCUGCAAUGACUGCUUGUAAAGGUGUGAGCAAAGUGCUGGAUGAGGUGGUGAGGCAGCAUCUUCAAGAAGCCUCGGUGCUCACUGGAGAGUGACGUGGGACGGCGGCAGGAACAUGUGGACUCCGAGUGCAGCUUGAAAGUGUUAUUGGACUUAUUAUAACACAAUAGUGUUAUUGGACUAAAUAUUUACAAAUGAUAUUAACGUUUAAUUCAUUUAUAUCAGUCACUGAAUACUUUUGUAUGUAUGUGAUAAAUGUAAUAAUAAAUAUUUUAGUCAUGCAUCAUU